GGAUCGUAACAUUCACUCACUCUGAUUGCUCACUAUAAAAACCCACCUUCCACUGCUUUCGUGGUCAUCACAAAUCUUGAACCAACACAAACACAGACACAAACGCAAACAAAGCUUUUGCUUCUUCGAAACCUUUUUCUUUCUCUCUCAUAACAAAAUCAAAAAGCUUCACUCCAAUCGCAGAAAUGGCGGCAAUGUCCACAUCUCCAAUGAGCCUCAACAUGAUUGACUCUAAUUUCCAAGUCGACAAGCUAACCUACGAAAUCUUCUCCAUUCUCGAGAACAAUUUCCUAUUCGGCUACAACGACGCAGAGAAUCGAACCAAUUCGCUUCCCAACUCGGUCAAUUUUCCGCCCAAGGACGCGAAACCGCCGAAGAACGCCGCCGGAAAGGUCCGGAUCCUCUGCAUUGACGGCGCCGGCGCCACCGACGGCAUCCUCGCCGCCAAGUCCCUCGCGCACCUCGAGGCCUGCCUCCGCCGCAAGUCCGGCGACGCGAACGCGCGCGUCGCCGGCUUCUUCGACGCCGCCGCGGGGUCCGGCGUGGGCGGCGUGCUCGCCGCUCUGCUCUUCACGCGCGGGAAGGACGGGCAGCCGCUGUUCACGGCCGAGGAGGCGCUCCGGUUCCUGACCGACAACCGGCGCAGGAUCUCGCGGCGGCCGGGAUUCCUCCGGCGAGUGCUCCGUCCGGCGGCGAAGGCGGAGAGGCUCUUCCGGAAGACGUUCGGAGAGUGCACGCUGAAGGACACGGUGAAGCCGGUGCUGAUCCCGUGCUACGACCUCGUGACGCGCGCGCCGUUCGUUUUCUCGCGCGCCGACGCGCUGGAAAUGGACGGCUACGAUUUCAUGAUGCGCGACGUGUGCGCUGCCACGUCAGCGGACCCCUCCCUCGCGGGCCCCACCGAGAUGCGGUCGGUCGACGGCAGGACCAGGAUCCUGGCCGUCGAUGGAGGCGUUGCGAUGAACAAUCCUACGGCUGCUGCCAUCACGCACGUGCUCAAUAACAAACACGAGUUUCCGUUCUGUAACGCCGUCUCCGACCUUCUCGUUCUCUCCCUCGGUAACGGAGAGUCUGACUUUAACGCCGUUAAGUCACCCUCUGGCUUCGUAAGGAUCGCUGGCGAAGGAGCUUCCGAUACGGUUGAUCAAGCCGUGUCGAUGGCAUUUGGUGAGUGUCGGAUGAGCAAUUAUGUGCGUGUUCAGUCAAACGGGAUCAUGGCAAACGCGAACAAGGUGAAGUCCUGCAAUACGGCGUCGGAUUUGUUGGCCGUUUCGGAGGAGAUGUUGGCCCAGAAGAAUAUGGAGUCUGUGUUGUUUAAGGGGAAGAAGGUGGUGGAGAACACCAACUUGGACAAGAUAGAGUUGUUCGCGGGAGAGUUAAUUAAGGAACAAGAGAGAAGAAAAAACAGCAUUCUACCAACAGUGGUUUUCAAGAAUGCCUCGCCCUCACCCAGCAGAACCUCCUCUGCCACUACUUUAUCCACUUUGUCUUCCAGCUGCUAAAAGGAGAAACAAAAUCCAAAGUUAGAUUUGAUUGUGGGAUUGAUAUUUGAUGUGAGUUUUUAAGUUUGUGGUUUUGGGUUAGCUGCCGCUUGGGGCCAAUCAAGGCAAAGUGAGCCUGAGCUGAGCUGUGCAGAGCCGAAUCCUUGCUACUACUACUACCUACAUUAUAUUUAUUUUUUAGUUUUUGGUAUAUAUUACAUGUAUUUAAUGAUAGUGAUUUGUGUAUAUGGCUGUUGUCAAAGGAUGAAUUUUGGUUAAGGUUAGAGUUGUGCUUGAUUUGUGAGAGAGAAUUGUACUGUUCGCUCAGAACGUCUCAUAGUAGUAAUAGUAGUAGUAUUGUGACUGAAUGCAGAACACUAAUUCUGGAAAUUAAUACAUUUCAGAGGUGUUUUCAAUUCCUAUUCUCCUUUGAAUUGUUUCCAACGGGAACAAAGAAUAGUUAACCUCACUCUUACUAUUAUGAUUAGUGGUAUCUCUCCAAUACAAUCAACUGCAUUGUGAAGAAGAUGGAGGCACCAUGGCUCGAAUACAAUCAAUUACAUUGUGAGGAAGUAACUGGUAAAUUUUACCCAAAUCAUAAUCCUUGGUCUGUAAAACUAACUCAUUCAAGGUGUUGGCUUAGUUUUUAAGAGGACCAAAGGACUCUCCCUAAAGAUUAAAUUUGGGUACCAUUACUCAUCUCUCAAAGCAACUACUUUAUUCACUAUUUUAUGAGAAAUUAGUCUCUUAUAAACUCAA